AUGAUUCAAUCCACGGUCGUCUUGGUAGGAUUCCUCGGGGAGGGCAAUGAGCGAGACAGCGUCCCGCUACUGGUGGAACAAUCAGCAGCAUUCGACGGGUUGAAAGGAAAAAGCUCUUUUCGUGUCGUUGGGGGCUUCUUCAGGCCGAUGAACCACUGGUGCAUCAUGGUGUUCUACGAAGGAUCCCUGAUAGGAGACCCUGCUGUGGAGGGAUUGCGCCGACAUCUGGCCACAUUUUGCUUAGACAGGAGAACUUACGAGCAUGUUGAGCCGAUUGCGGAGCCGCUUUUUUCGGAGACAGGAGGACACAAUCCAUUUGGAGCCUGGAAACAGGAGACAUUGAUUUGCUAUGUCAGAGGCUCCACCUAUCGCCUGAUGUGGGAUGGCGUUGUGCACUUCGAAAAUGCCAAACUAUACACGUCCGCCGUGGACGAUGCGUUAGAGGCAGCCGGGGUAAUGAGUGUGGAUUAUGAUAUAUAG